AUGAACGGCUCGGAUGGUGAGACGAUCACAGUGCAGGUGCAGGUGCAGGUGCAGAGCAGCGACCAGGAUGACCAGGUGUCGGUGAAUUCCGAUCUGUUUGCGUUGAUGCGCGAGGCUGUGCAGGAAUGCGGGUGGAGGCCCAGACGGCGUCCACGUCUCUGGUGCCAGCCCGCACGGGGCCAAGAUUCAAGUGUCAGUGACGUCGAUGCCAAGUUGAAGGCAAUGUUCGAGCGUCAGCAGAUCGUUAAGAUGCUGUUGGGUCUGUGCGACGGUGCAGAUGGCGACGGUGAGACCAUCCAUAUUGUCAUGGAGCUGCUUGGGGCCCAGAGAGAGGGGCGCAGUGCCGUGGACCGUGUCACCGAUCAGCUGCUCGCAGUGCUACCCGAGCAGACUCUCCUCGAUGAGGGCAUAUUCGUGGGCAACGAGCGUCAUCGCUGCUUCAGGAGUGUGCUCGGCAACUAUGCCCGGAUCCAUGCCGCCCGGCGCUUCAUCGAGCAGCUGCCCACACUGGGCCUGGGCAACUUUCUCGCUGGCAACAGCGACAACUCAUUGCUCGCUCGCAUUGUCGCCGACGAGGUGCUCAAGAUACCCGACUUGAUACGCCAGCUCUGGUGCUCAAUGGAGAAGAUGGAGUUCUUCAAUGAGGAUACGGCCUUUAAGGCCUACCUGAAGGCCCGCAACCAUCCCAAUGGCAAGAUCCUGCGCGAGCUAAUGCUCAGCCGCAUAUCACGCGUCUUCCUAUGCGUGGUCAGCUCGACAUUCUAUCUGUACUUCACCGAGUUCGAGAUCAUACAUAUCCUCAAGAACUGCUACUUGAGUGUUAAUUCAGAAAUCGAGAUAUUCCUUGCGGUUAUACUUUGGCUGGAGCACAACUGGGCCGAGCGUCGCGAGUGCGUGGAGCGUGUCCUGGCGGAGGUGCGUUUCAGCCUGAUGCCCACCUGGUAUCUGACCACCCUGAAUCGCACCAAUCGCUGCAUUCACUUUGCCCGUGUCAACCAAUGCCCAGGCGUUCAGGCUCUUAUCGCCAAAGGACUCGCUGAUGCUGUGGCCUCGAAGAAGGUGAAACCCUUGCUUCAGUUCCCCAUCGGCUGGGGGUAUACACAAAAAUGAUGGGCCUGUGCCCCGUGAAUGGAUCGCCGAUCCCGCCUGUCUCUAUCAUCACAAGUGCCACUGCCAGCGCUUCGUUUAUCCGACAUACGAUGUCUUCAAGCAGUAUCUGUCCCGGAUCAUUAACUGCGCCCCCUACUACUGGCGCACCUUUCGCCCCGCCCAGGAGGUAUAUCGCAAUCAGCUGCGCUGCUGCUCCUUGCCAAACUUUCGCUAAGUUUAACCCACACCAACACGAACACUUUAGGGACAGUUUAGAAUCAAAGUAGCACGUUUUCCCCUUACUCAUAGCACCAAACAAAAUAUGUCGAAAUGCCCCCUGCUGAAUGGUAAACACAACACAAGAAAACCUAUACACAUAUGUAUGCCACGGUUGGUUGUCUCUAUGCCCAUUUGCAAUGAUGCAAUUUCUAUUUUUGUACACAAUCGACACGUACAGAACCUCCCAAUAUCCGAGCACUAUGCGGCAAGAAUUUUAGCAGAGCGAUUGGAAACAUAGCCCCCAUAACACAUCAUAACAUUACAUUAUUCUCGGUACAAAUAACAUUUAUACACCACAUAUCUGGAUACAUCACAAGGCCCCAACCAACCGAGGAAGUCCGAGAAUAAAUCAUGUCAU